CCUACCCCCCUGGGCGGGGAGUCAUGCCCCAAAAGGGUCGCGAUAUAAAUAGGGUGUGCCCAUCGCCACACCUCAGGACAGACCGAGGUUGAGGUCAGCGCAUCAACCCACCGUCCCAUCCAUCCCCUCUUCUCUUCUCCCCGGCCGGCAGGACCUGCGCCAAGCUAGCUUCUUCUUUGUAACUUUGCACCUUGCAUCACUUGCACCCACAUCGGCAGGCACCGAGCCAACCACGCUCACUAUACCACCACCAUAUAAAAACCCCGCCCACGAUGCAACUCAUAUCCGCCGUCCUCCUCCUCGCCGCCUCGGCACUGGUCAGCGCCGCGCCCCAAGGCCGCGCCCCCGCAAAAGACGCAGCCGGGACGCCUCCAGGAGUGGUCCCGGGGUUCGUGCCGGGCCAGGUCCCAGGCGGCGCGGUGCAGGGGGGCGCGCCCUCUGCGCCCGCCCGCGGCCGACCCAACCGCAACAACGGCCGGCCCAACAACCAAACCCCACCACCACCACCCAACGCAACCCCGAACCCGAACCCGAGCUCGCCCCCGGCAGCCGGCCGGCCCACUGGCGGCGGCGGCGGCGGCUCCAUCAGCGCGGACCUGGUGCCCUCCUUCGGGGUCGAGCGGGGCGUCAACCCCAACGCGCGGCAGCGCGGCAGCUGCGACGGCGCCAACGGCGUGCUCAUCUCGUGCAGCUGCCCGCCCGACCGCGCCGCCUUCGUCGCCAAGCUGGGCCAGGCCGUGGCGCAGGGCAACGUCUUCGGCACCCCGAUCAGCUUCGACACGGACCCGGCCAACCAGAGCCCCGCCGCGAACAGGAACCGCGCCACCGCCAUGCUCGUCGUCCUGCAGAGCCUCGACGGGACAAAGGGCGUCGGCUGCCCGGGCGCCGCCGCCCCAAACUUUGUGGCCCAGCAGAGGUCCGGCGUGCGCUCGCGGUAGCCAAGUGGCCGGGCGCCGCUGAGAGAUGGCUUCCCCCGCUGGCAUGACGCACCGCCGCCUCGGGUGCGGCGGUGCCUUUACAUACACUGCCCUUUCCUUGUUGUUGUUUUUUUAGCAUUAUUCCCAUUUUUCUUGUUAUUACUUUAGAUACCAAGCGCUUGCAAGAUGAAGUGUUUUUAUCCAGUCAUGUUUUUGUUUAUAACUAUCAUUUAGCCAAAGGGUUGAGCUGUGUACCCAGGCAAAACGACUAGAAAUGCGAAAACUAUCGUAUACUUGAAGGAAACAAAUACAUAUCCUAUCACUAUCCCAA